UUCACUUCUGAGACUGCUUCCUAAUGACAAUUUCCUAGCGUUGUGAACUGUGGUGUGAAUUGGAUAAAGAGACAGCAAUACUUGUUCCUUCUGAUGUACAUGAUCGUUCCCGGAUUAUUGCAUAGAAUACAGGUUUGCUCGUGACACAAUCGUCCUAGCUCUUGCCAAUCCUCGCAGGACUCGCGACCGGAAGUUGUGAUUAGCUCGUUCCUGAGGGAUUCCUGAAUUCUUGUGUUCCUGGAUCGUUCGUCAUUUCUCUACCAUAGUUCUUCUGUUACAGUUUGAGAGAGGUUUGAUCUAGGCUCCGGUCCUAACUCAAUGCGUCCACCAUACCCAGACACCCUGGAGAUCUACGAAGAACAGUAUGGCAGCCGCAGACUGGUCAAAAGCAUGAGGGGGUACCAAUCAGCGCUGAGCAAUCCGACGUCCGUUGCCCAGCUGCUGUCGUACUACACUCACCAGCCAUCGUUCUCCCUUCAGUAUCUCCGACAGGGGCAGGGGUCCGUGCUCUUGCACGAAGUGCUGAUUGACUUUGUUGUUGUCGAAGGUUCUUCCAAUCCCGGGAACACCUACUGCAGCGCCCUGCGCGGUUACGUUAAUAGUGACUAUAUAUGUGACCACGAUUACGAGACGGAUCGCUGCAACUGUCCGUCUAGCUACACUGACACUCCUUUCCCGAAUCCGGCAAACGCGCGCGAUGCAAUCUGUGGCCCAACUACUCAGUACACCAAGACUGUCUCCGUUGGCAAGGUUAUCGGAGUCCUUGCGGGAGUCGCAGGUUUUAUUUGUAUUAUCCUUGGUGUGAACCACUAUUUUCGGCGCCGACGUCGCCUGCGAGCCGCGUAUGCACCGUAUCAGCGGUUGCUGUCUUACCAAAACACCCCGCCAUCUUACAGUUAGCAGGCAUAUGCGCUGCCGUACUGCAGUGGCAGCCACCCAAUACGGGACAAAACACCGAGACCUGUACUUAUAUGCCGCCUCAAUAAGUUGUGAACAUAUCAUGCCAAAGAAAUCAACAAAUGCUGAUUUUCCCAUGUUUCCCAUAUUUGUAAUCCAUUGAUCUUUUCAGCACGUUAUGGUUUCUGCUAAAAUCGUACAGUUUUACAUUUCUGCUACAAUUUCUUCGACGGACCCAAAGUCGGGUACACCUAUCUAUUCUUGUGGCAUCAUAAUAAGUAUAAUAAUAACUUCUCAUGAAUUGACCGAAAGUAAAGCUAAGUCUAAAA